GUCCUGUCCCUGCUCGUGCACCCGCUGGGCACGCUGCUCAUGACUACCCCGACGAGUAUAUUAAAGCCGUCAUCGCCGAUGGUGUCGCCUCUCAGUUCAGCGAGCUGCGCACGGAGCUCGAAGGUCUCGUCGCCUCUACAGUGGGAGACACUGUCAAAUCCAGCAACGCCUCCAUCUUGCGGACCUUGGCUGUGCUGCAGAAGCAGUUGGAAGACCAACCAGCUGAGCUUGACCAGAAGGCGAUGGGUGUCUUCCGACCGCAGCUUGACGAACUGUCCAGGAAGAUGCAGCGACAAAUUGGUGAUGUCACAGGGAAGGUUGCUACUCUCAACAUCGAGCUGGACUCACACACAGAGCAGUUGCACCAAUUACGAGCCGAGGUUGCCGAACUACGUGAAGGGCUUCAGGUGGCCAAGCGCCAGGAAGCGGCCCCCUCGCCGCCCGCCAGCUUCGACCGCCAGACGGACCCUGCCGUGGUGGUGGCGGUGUGUACCAAGAUGGUUGGAUUGUCACAGGUUCGCGAGGUGCUGGCGCCGUUCCUCUCUGAGCUCGGAUUCGAAGCAGACCAGUACACCCUUUCUUGCCCGUCUCCGACACCUGCUCGCAGGUUUCUCAUCAAGUUCAACGGGGCCACUGGCCUCGCCUCUCGGAAGGUCUCGAAGGUGCUCAGCAACCUUCGUCGCAAUGAUCAGUGGAGGGAGUUCAACGUGGAGGCCACGGGUGCCGCCGCUGACGGGCGCCUACACUUGGGGCCCGACAAAUCCCCUCGCCAGGUCAAGACGGAGAUGGCUCUUCGUCGGAUCCGUGGUGCGUGUGCAGACAAGUUUGGUGGACGGUGGUCUGUUGACCGUGAGCGAGGCAUCCUCAAGAGCGGUUGGACCAACGUGCUCAAGAUCCAGGCGAACCCUGAGGACGCUCCGUACAGCGUGCAGUUCAACCAAGAGGGCAUCUUGGAUCUCAAGCUCACGCGUGCCGACAUCCAAGCAGUGGUGGAUGAGCUUACGGGGUUUCAGCUGGUGCACUUCAAUAUCCAUAACCAUGGUCUCAAUGCGAUGCAGAUUGGCGAGAUAGGUGCGGAGAUCGACGCUGCGCGGGCACGUGCGGCCGCUGACCCUCUUCACUUCUUGGUGAUCGUGCAGGGCGACCUCAACUUCGGCCCUGAUGAGGCGUUGCUCCUCCAGCGGUCUGAGCAGCCAGUUCCUCGCCAUGUCUUCGAGAGCCCUCUCUUUCGGCAGCGUAUUGAGGGCAUGUUCAAAGACGGCGCUGGCGCUGAGACGUUGUGCCCUGCGGCGGUCUACCAGGAACACUUCAAGGAUGUGCACGCGCAGUAUGGCGUCCAGAUCUUCCUCUCGCCCGUCGGCUGGUGGCGACCUCGGCUACCGCAGCUGGCCUGCUCGACAUCGGAGGCUCACAAGUUGUCCUUCGUCAUCCUGAAUCGUUCCACAUGUGGACGGAUGGAGUUCAUAUGA